GGAAAAAUACCAGGGUUUGAUUUACAAGAUUUCGAGGAUGAGGCAACAUGUAUUGACCUGAUUGUCAACAAGAUUACACAGACGGUUUCAAGCUUCACAAACCGUAUAGUGAGCUUCACAAAACCUCUAGUGGGAAUUAAAUCUCGCGUAAAGGAAUUAACAUCAUUGUUGAAUGUUGAAUUAGGAGGUGUUUAUUUUGUUGGGAUAUGGGGAAUGGGUGGCUCAGGGAAGACAACUGUUGCAAGAGCAAUUUUUGAUGAGAUUUCUGAUCAAUUUGAAGGAUCUUGUUUUCUUGGAAAUGUUAGGGAAAUUUCAAAAAAGGAUGGGGUGGAAGCCCCAGAACAUUUGCAAAAGAAGCUUCUUUCACAGAUCUUGAAGCAACAAUCACCAAAUAUAGCAAGUGCUAAUGAAGGGGCCAAAAUGAUAAGCAGUACUCUAUGCUUUAAGAAGGUUUUGAUUGUUCUUGAUGACGUGGAUAACGAUAAUCAAUUGGAAUACUUAGUUGGAAAGCGUGACUGGUUUGGUGAUGGGAGUAGGAUCAUUACAACAAGUAGAAACAUUGAUUUACUACAAAAUCACAAUGAGUUAUAUCAUGUCCCUGAACUGGCUUUCGAUGAGGCUCUUGAACUCUUCAGUUGGCACGCCUUUCAGCAAGAGACUCCUGAUCCGGAGUUUGAAAACCUUUCGAUUUGUGUAGUAAUUUAUGCUAAUGGUUUACCCUUAGCUCUUGAGGUUUUGGGCUCUUUUCUCUACAAAGGAGGCAUGAAUGAGUGGAGAAGUGCAUUAGAUAGACUCAAAGACAUUGGAGAGGGGGAAAUUAUUAAGCAACUUAGCUUAAGUCUAGAUGGAUUGAGCUACAAAAAUGAGGAUAUCUUUCUUCGUAUUGCAUGCUUCUUCAGAGGAAAACAGAUAGAUGAUGUGAUAACAAUACUGAAUAGCUUUGGUUUUAAAUCAGAAAUUGGAAUUGACAUCCUUGUUAGAAAAUCACUUUUAUAUAUUUCAGAUGGAAUGGUUGAGAUGCAUGAUUUAAUACAACAAAUGGGUCAACAAGUGGUACGUGAUACCGAUCGGGACCAGUCAUGGGAACACAGUAGAUUAUGGCAUGACAAAGAUAUAGAAACUGUUUUUUCUGAAAAUCUGAUAUCUAUGGAGGCCAAUGAGGAAUCUUGUGAAAUUAGCUCGUCUGUUUCGAGAAAACGAGCUAAAAGAAGCACUUCAGUUGUUUGGAACACUUUCUUGAAAUUGCCUCGUACUAGUGAAAGUGAAAGAUUAAAAGCACAAUGUCAGAUUCCAAGCUCUCAUACGUUUCCAAUGGUUUCCCACAAAGAAUUGAUCCAAAAAUGGAAAUAUGAUGCCUUCUUGAGUUUUAGAGGAGAAGAUACCCGCAGUAACUUCGUUGCCCAUCUUUACAAACGAAUGGAAGACAUAGGAAUUUACACAUUCAAAGAUGAUGUCAAACUUGAAAGAGGAAAGUUUAUUUCACCAGAGCUCCUGAAAGCAAUUGAGGAGUCAAAAUUUGCGAUUAUUAUCUUCUCUGAGAACUAUGCUUCAUCCACAUGGUGCUUGGAGGAACUCACCAAAAUUAUGGAGUGUGUUGAAAAGAAGGGACAGGAAGCUAUCCCAAUAUUCUACAAUGUUGACCCAUCAGAUGUACGCAGGCAAAGAAAUAGCUUCUCUGUAGCGAUGGCUGAACACGAGGCAGAUCUCAAGGGUAGUGAUAUGGAGAAGGUGCAGAGGUGGAAGGACGUUCUACAUAAAGCAGCCAAUAUAGCAGGAUGGGAUGUUCGUAAAACUGCCAAUGGGGAUGAGGCAAAAUGUAUUGAGCUGAUUGUCAACAAGAUUUUUUGUAGUGUGGAAGAGACAGUUUCAAGCUUUGCAAAGCAUCUAGUGGGAAUCAAAUCUCGUGUAAAGGAAGUAAAAUCAUUGUUGAAUGUUGAAUUAGGCGGUGUUUACUAUGUUGGGAUAUGGGGAAUGGGUGGCAUAGGGAAGACAACUGUUGCAAGAGCAAUUUUUGACGAGAUUUCUUAUCUAUUUGAAGGGUCUUGUUUUCUUGCAAAUGUUAGGGAAAUUUCAAAGAAGCAUGGCCCCGAAGGCCCAGAACAUCUGCAAAAGAAGCUUCUUUCACAAAUCUUGAAGCAACAAUCACUGAAUAUAUCAAGUGCUAAUGAAGGAGUCAAAAUGAUGAGCAGAAUGCUACGUUUUAAGAAAGUUUUGAUUGUUCUUGAUGACGUGGAUAACAACGAUCAGUUGGAAUACUUAGUUGGAAAGCGUGACUGGUUUGGUGAUGGCAGUAGGAUCAUUACAACUAGUAGAAAUAAUGAAUUACUUCGCAAGCAUGAUCAGUUGUAUCGUGUCCCUGAAUUGGCUAUCCAUGAGGCUCUUGAACUUUUCAGUUGGCACGCCUUUCAGCAGGGGACUCCUGAUAAGGAGUUUGCAAACCUCUCCAUUUCUGUAGUAAAUUAUGCUAAUGGUUUACCCUUAGCUCUUGAGGUGUUGGGCUCUUUUCUCUACAGACGAGGCAUGAAUGAGUGGAAAAGUGCAUUAGAUAGACUUGAAGAUAUUGGAGACGGGAAAAUUGUUAAGCAACUCAGUUUAAGUCUAGAUGGAUUGAGCCCUGAAGAUAAGGAUAUAUUUCUUGAUAUUGCAUGCUUCUUUAGAGGGAAAAAGAAAGACGAUGUGAUAACAAUACUGAAUAGCUUUGGCUUUAAAUCAGAAAUUGGAAUAGAUAUCCUUAUUAGAAAAUCAGUUUUGUAUAUUUCAGAAGGAAUGGUUGAGAUGCAUGAUUUAAUAGAACAAAUGGGUCAACAAGUGGCGCGUUAUAUUGAUCAGGACCAGCCAUGGAAGCACAGUCGAUUAUGGCAUGGCAAAGAUAUAGAAACAGUUUUUUCUGAAAAUCUGUGGACAGACUCAGUUAAAGGCAUAACGGUACCAAUUGGCUUAGACCAACAUAUAUGCAAGUGGAGCAAAGCUUUCAGAAAUAUGCCUUGCCUUAGGUUACUCAUUGUCAAAGGGGAGGAGGUCCGACAUUAUGAACCAGUUUCUAACAUAAUUGAAUAUCUGCCCAGUAGCUUGAAAUGGCUUGAUUGGUCUUACUACAGUUUUGAAUCUUUACCAGCAAAUUUUCAACCACGAAACCUUGUUGGGCUCAACAUGACUUUUAGUUCUCUUAUUGAAUUUUGCAAAGAACCAAAGGCAUUUAACAAGUUGACAAUCCUCAACUUAAGUUUUUCAGAAAAUUUACUCCGAACACCCAGUUUUUCCGAGACUCCAAAUCUGAAGAGGAUUAUACUGAAAAGUUGUUUAAGCUUGGUUGAGGUUCAUCCGUCCAUUGGCAAUCUCAAAAAGCUUAUUUUUUUGAACAUGGAGAACUGUAAAAAUCUCAAGUUUUUACUGAGCAGCAUUCAAAUGGAAUCUCUUGAAAGCCUCAACCUCUCUGGUUGUGAGAAAUUAGGACAAUUUCCAGAAAUUAGAGGGAACAUGGAAUUGCUGUCGGAGCUUCUUUUGGGACGUACAACAAUAUGGGAGUUACCCUCAUCAAUAGGACGGCUCAUUGGCAUCAGCUUGCUUGAUUUGCAUUCAUGCGAAAAUCUUGUAAGACUCCCAGCCAGCAUUACUGAGAUGAAAAAGCUGAAAAUUUUGAUCCUUAAGGGCUGCUCAAAACUUGCAACCUUUCCUGAAAACCUGGGUGAUCUAGAAGAGCUGGAGGAGCUCUAUGCUGGUAAUACCGCGAUUUGGAAAUUACCAGAUUCUGUUGGAGAAUUAAGCAGGCUUAAAGUCCUAUCAUUAAGAAGAGGACGGAAGGUAAAGUGUCAAUCCUCUGGGAAUUUGAUGUUCCCGAUUUCAUUAAAUGGUUUGUUGGGAUUGAAAAGCUUAGAUCUCAGUGGAUGCAAUAUAUCUGGCGAACAAGUUUGUCCUCUUGGAUACUUGACUUCUUUAUUGGAACUAAACUUAAGCAGAAACAAUCUUACUUCUUUACCUAGUAUAACUGAUUUUCCCCAACUCCGAUAUCUCAACAUAACACACUGUCAGGAACUAAAGGAACUUCCCAAACUUCCCCCAAGUAUAAAGGAACUGUAUGCAGAAGAUUUUUUGGGCAUACAGAGUAUUGUAGCUCUGUGGGCUUGCCCGUUGUUGCAUUUGGUCUCAUUCACCAACUAUUCUUUUGAGCAACAGCCUUAUACAGAAAAGAGCAUUGAUAGCUCAGUUUUGGAUCAAAUUCUCAGUUAUUUUCUCUCAGACGCUAAGGUUAAUGUGGUCAACCCCCCUAACUAUGACCGGAAGGGGAUUUCUAUCGUCUUUCCUGGAUGUGCAAUCCCCACGUGGUUUGAACAUCAAACUGUUAAGGAAAAGAUCUUGUUUGAACUGCCUGAAGACUGGUUUGAUUAUAAUUUUCAGGGCUUUGCUAUAUGCUGUGUCACUUGCAUGGGAGCGGGUGUCCACGAUCCUGGUUCGGGGUUAUUAGGGAAGUAUGACUCUACUUUCAUAAAUGCCAAAUUGAUGUGCAAUAAUAAUCCGGAGAAGCUCAAAGUGCUGGAGAAAGAAUGUAAAGUGGGCACUGCAUCCAGAACUCCUGGCUGGUGUGUUUGCUUUGCCUACAUACCGUUGUAUUUUCUUCUGCAGGCGUCUGGCCCAGAUGCUAGAAACCUUAACCAGUAUGGCCUAUUUGAGGCAUCUAUCAACAAGCGCAUUGCAAAACAGUGGGGAGUUCAUCUGAUUUAUAAGAUUGAUAGACAAUUUUUCAGAAGCAAAAUAGAUGAAGCAUUGCUUGAC